AUGUCCAUAUCGAUCGAGCUAGAGGGAUCAGAGAACAAAGAGUUGAUAAUGAAUGGUGCGUCAUCACCCGAGCAAGUUCAUGUACAUGCCUCUAAACCAGAGCCCGACGCAGCUGCUGUAUCACCGCCUGUGGUCCAGGACCUCGCGCCUCCACCGCCCCCACCUCCAAUGGGCGCGCCACCUCCUCCUCCACCUCCCCCUCCUCCUCCUCCCCCAAUGCCCAACCAGAAGGGAGCAGCAGGUGCUCAGAAGCCAACAGGUCCACCUCCACCCAAGUUCAACAUUGCCAAGCCAUCGACCAAGCUAAAGCAGUUCCAGUGGACAAAGAUACCUCAUAAGAAGUUGGGCGAGACGAUCUUUGCCAAGUUGGGCAAUGUCAAGACCGACUGGAUCAAUGUGGAGCAGCUGGAAUCACUCUUCCUCUCGCCCGAGGCGGUCAAGAAGGACGCUGGCGACAACAAGCGUGGCAAGGAAACAUCGACCAAGCUUGGCUCUGUGACCGUCAUCGAUCCCAAGAAGUCACAGAACAUCUCUAUUUUUUUAUCAAAGUUCAAAUGUACCAUACACGAAAUCAAGGAUGCCAUCAUCCAGAUGGACGAAGAAGUGCUCAACGUCGAGGCCCUGCGAGGUCUAGAGAACUUCCUUCCAAAGGAAGAGGAUAUGGAUGCAAUCAAAGAUUACUUAAAGCACGGCAAUAUUAAUAUGUUGGCAAAGGCUGAGCAGUUCAUGCUAGAGCUGGACUCAAUCAGUAAUCUGGCAGAGCGCGUCAAGUCCUUCUACCUCAAGCUCACAUUCCCUGAUAAACUUCGUGAGAUGAAGCCAGACCUUGAUUUGUUUGUUGCCACAAUCAAGAAGAUCAGAUCAAAUAAGAACUUCAUCAAGGUCAUCGAGAUCAUUCUGGUACUUGGCAACUUCUUGAAUGGUGGAACGACCAGAGGUGACUGCUUUGGUUUCAAAAUCGACAGUUUACUCAAGUUGACAGACACCAAGACAAUCAAUAACAAAUCCAACUUGUUGGUGUAUAUUAUUGGAGAGCUGGAUAGCAAGUUCCCACAUACUCUUAGGUUCACCGAGGAGCUGGAGGAUGUGCAACUGGCUGGAAAGGUUUCAAUGCAGACGAUCAGUGGUGACCUGAACAAACUCAAGAGGGACUUGGAAUUCGUUACCAAUGGCCUGGCAAAGAUGAAGAGGACCCGCGAGGAUGGCCAGUUCUUCAGAGUGAUGGACGAGUUCACCAGAGAUGCCCAGUGUGAGAUCACCGCCGCCUUUGAGGAGUAUGACAAGUCGCAAGGCGAGUACCAGCAGUUGGCUGUGUUAUUUGGCGAGGAUCCAGCAUUGCCAUCGGAGGACUUCUUUGCCUACUUGGUCAAGUUCAUCAAUGUGUUUGAGAAGUCUAGACGCGACUACCUUCGUGACAAGGAGACUGCCGAGCGUGCUGCCAAGCGCGAGGCACUCAAGGCCAGGAAAGCAGCAAUGUCCAAGCGACUCAAUGCAACGAAUGGUGGAAGUGGCUCGCCUGUGACCACAGGAGGCAAGGGCAGUAUCAAGGGUCUGGCGGCCCUGGCGCCUCCAUCGUCCGGUGUCGAAGACAUCCUACAGAGUGUUCGUGAUGGUGAUGCAUUCAAACAACGUCGCCAGAGAAAGGUCAAGGAUGCCAAUGGUUCACCAACAUCGCCCAACGAACCAAAGGGUGUCGCAUCACCUACAUCAAAGGUUGAACAACCUCAGCCACAGUCACAAUCAGGAUCACAACCGACCACACCAAGAGGAUCAUCUUCUUCAUCUUCAUCAUCAGCAACUACACCAUCAGUUGCUCCUACACCUGCUGCAGCAGCUCCUACAGCCACCAAUACUACUACUACCGCUACUCCAGCACCAAAGCAAGAGAAACACUUUGAAAUGCCAGCCAUCUCCAAGAAGAAGGAUGUCAAGGUCGGUGCCAAAGGUCUAACAAUUGUCAUGCGAUCAAGUAGACAGACAGCACACUCACGUGUUGACUCUUUAUUCUCCUCAUUAGGUGAUGGUGACAAAUAA